AUGAACUAUAAGAACUACCAGCAAGUUGUUUGUUUAAACACAAAACAACCUAAGGUUGUUAAGAAACACAGGUCCAUACGAAAGCCUGCCUUAACCUCGGGCAAAAAGCGCACCAAAACAGGGUGCCUUACCUGCCGUAAGAGAAAGAAGAAGUGUGAUGAAGAAAAGAUAGACGGAAAGUGUCAGGCUUGUACCAGAAACUUCUUACCAUGUUGCUGGCCGACUCCCACAGCUACCGUUGAUGCUUUUUCGGUACCUCAGGCUUCAGAAAUUGUGCAAACGCCUCUUUCUUCUCCUCCUACCUCCCCAAUGAGUGCUUAUCCAAGCCCAAGAUCACCUACGGACUUACACAGCGACGACGAGAUCAAAUCGCUCUCUUUGGAUAAUUCCAACUACAAAUUAGUGAGCUUCCAACUGGAAGGUCGCGACGUGCCGAAGUCUAAACACAAGGACGCAAAAGAAGUGCAACAAAAGACUGAUUCGGCGGAACAGAAAUUCAUAAUCACCUCAAUAGACAGUCAUCAUGGGUUGUGUCAAGUUUCGUCGAAUUAA